CGGAAGUAGUUCUAUUUUAAAUCCAGAUUCAAGCAGACUGAGGGAUGCUGAACAUGUCUCUGCAUGUCCCGCUGGAGGUGGAGGAGACCGGCAUGCCGGAGGACCUGUGGCCCGCAGAGAGCAGCUGAUCCGGGCCGGGUCCACCCAGGUUCUUCCGCUGAUCUACAGAAUCAUGGCGGUUCACCAAGUGGUCUCCGGCCGGGUCGAGCCGGACCUUCGGUCCCUGAACCUGGAGGACAAGAGGCGGCUGCGGGUCCUCUCUGCCCGGGCUCUCUCCAUCGUGAGGAACCGGGAAGUGCAGAACUUUGAGACGGUGAUGACGUUCCUGGACGCGACGCACCGCCUGCUGCCCGGCCUGGUUCCCGCCAUCAAACACAUGAAGAUCCAGUUCGGCCUGAAGACCAUGGUCAUCAUGCGGAUGCUGAGGGAAAGCAGAGGGACGGUUGACAUCGUGUCCAGUAUCAUCCGGUUCUUCCCCAACAAGCUGCCUCAGUAUGAAGAUCAGUGUAGCCAGAGAGAAAUGUUCCUGAUGAGGAAGAACCAGGCCGACUUCAGGCGCCUGGCCCAGAACCUGACCUUCACCAAGGAGAGGCUGCAGGACUACAUGAAGGGCGACAUGGAGGAGCGCUACGGCGAGCGCUACGCCCAAAAGGUGGAGCAGCGGCUGCUAGCUUACCUGCAGGAGCUGCGGAGGGCGCUACCUGCAGACACCUGCAGUGGCAGAACCGGCCCGAACCGGCCUGAACCGGGUCUCAUUACUCUGACUCAGGUGAUGAACAAACAACAUCCUGAGAAUGAGGAGGAGACGGACACACCUUCAUUAGCUGGGAGGAAACUGCUGUUGUGUGACGCUCGUCCCUCAGAGAUGUCCCGACAGGGACGUCUUGGGCCUGAUUGGAUUCUGCAGGUCGGUUCUGGUUCCAGUCCAGAUGUUGGGGAACCCCAUGGUCCAGAGGACAGAACAGAACCAGGGACAGUGGAGGAGGAGGACGUCCCCGUAUCCCCUCGGUUCUGCUCCAAGCACCAGCGCUGGAUGGACAACUUCCUGAAAGGCUGUGCUGAGGACGACCGGACCCUGGUUCCGUCCGACCCGACCCCGGUUCCGUCCGACCCGACCCGGCUGCCGUCCGACCCGACCCCGGUUCCGUCCUCGUCCCAGACUCCGUCGGACCUGGUCUCUCCUCUGCCCAGAACCUCAGAAGGUUCAGAUGGACCGGUCCUUCUGGUCCCAGUGGUCCGGCUGGAGGACGUCUUGAAGCGACUCGGGUCCAAUCUGUCCCAACCCGUCUCUGCGAUUCUGGUCAAAGCAGCUUCCUGUGGUUCUGGUCCGGGUUCUUGGGCCUGCUGGACAUCGUUGGACCAAAAUGUCCUGGAGCCUGCAGGUUCUGGCCCGGUUCUGGGAGGACGGACUGUCCCCUCGUCUGACCUACAGAACCCGGCCUCACCGGUUCCGAAUGACCCAGCUCAGCAAGGUGCCCAUCAGAACUCCAUCAGAAUCCAUCCUGAAACCCAAACCAGCAGAACCGUUCAGUCCAGAUCCCAGCCGGGUUCUCCUGCCGGCUCCAGAACCUCAGUCCUUCUGGGCCGCUUGCAGCCGUGUGUGGUUCUGACCCGACUGAGCGCUAAGCAGUGCUGCUCCUUCAGCAAGCAGGAUGUCCGGCCAAGCCCGGCCCGCCGGCCCGGCCCGGCCCGCCGGCCCAGCAGAGACCCGGACUACCGGCCUCACGUCAACAGGAAGAGAUUCCUGUCGGAGGUUCGGAGGGUCCGGUUCCCGGUGAGGACGGGAAGGAGAGUCCAAACGGAACCGGGCCGGUUCUGGUUCUAGACUAAAUACAGUAAUGAACCUGCUUUGAUGAUCUGACCUCACAGCAACGGGUCCAAUCAGUACUGGUUCUGACCUGGAUCCGGUAUCAGAGUCCCAUUUGAUCCAGUUCCAGAAACCAACUGGGUUUACUGGGAAGAAAAAGGACAUGCCGCACUUUUAAGGUCGUAAACACUGACCUUCCUCUGCUUGGUGAUGGUCCAGAACCCGGUAGAACCUGGCUUCUUCUAGUCUAUCAAGGUAGAAGAAGCAAACAUCGUCUCUGGUGUCAGAACCAGAAUCUGGGUCGGGAAAGUAUUCACUUCCUGUUCUGCCAACCAGACGAACGGCGGCCAGUCAGGAAGAGUUGAUCUGAAAAGUGUGGCGUGCUUGUCCUUAAACACCAGAACCUCUUCAGAACCUUGUGACUGAAUCAUCGUUACUAUGGUGAUGGUCCAGAAGCUGCUGUUGACUUACUGUGGUUCUAGUGGUCCCGGUUCUGGUCCAUUAUCAGUGUUCUGUUGCAUAACAGUGUUAUGUAUACACAGUGUUUGUGUCGCGUUUUAUUUGUUCCCAGGAAACUGAGGUCAGAGUCCGGUUGGUUCCUGUGGGGCACCAGAGAACGGGCCAGGUAUCGACCCGGCCGCUGCGGGUCGACCCGAGGUUCUGUUUGCGCCGCGAGGUCGACGGCCGGCAGAGAGCAAACUGUUGCGUCAUUUCAUCUUAACCGAAGCGGGUCAAAGUUAACCCCCGACGGGACGGGGAGGCUAGUUAGCCUCGUUAGCUGCUGAUCCGUCUUCCCACAGCAUGGUGCUGCCACCACCUUGCUUCACUGAAUGGAUGCUGUGUUCAGGUUGUUACUUUCCCCCACUAGGGCCAGAAAGUUCCGUUUGGACCGGGUCAGAACCUGCAGGUUCUGAAGCUGAUUCCGACAGACUUUAAUCGAUUGCAGCUUGUUGUUUGCCUCCGUGUGACGAACGCAGCCGCCCCCCCAGCACCAGUAUACCCACCACUCUGCUGCAGCCGGUCUGGUUCUGGUUACUGGUGGAGGAGCCGGGGGGGGACGGGGCGUUCCCGCUCGGCCCCCGGCCUCGGCCAAUGGGAGCUCAGCGUCUGUGGAGGUUUUGCUGCUCAGCAUCUAUAAAAGCAGCUUUGAUCUGUUGGAUAAAAUCCUGAGCGGUUCUCCAGCAGCCGGACGUUCAGCAGGAUGGACAGCCAGGCCUACUUGGUUCAGAUGAAGAGCAAGCCUCUGACCUUGAGCGGGAAGGUCGGCAACCCGUUUCCGGCCAAGCCGCGCAGCCGCAGGCGGCGCUGGGAGGUGAAGCCGUCGGAAAUGUCCCGCAACACGUUGAACCCGAUCCGGGCCAUCGUGGACGGGAUGAAGCUGAUCCCCAACCCGGCCAAGCCCAUGAUCUCUCUGUCCAUCG